AUGACGCUGCUAAAGUGAAACGGAAUUCAUGAGGCGCCAAGUCUUUGAAUUCGCACGUCCACCCAAAAUAUCGCAUUCGCGGACCAUUAGAUGCGUUGACAUCGAGCCACAGAGCCGCAGGCGUGGAUAAAGAUGGCAGAGGUGCAGCGGUGAGCUCGCGGAGGUUGAACGCGUAUUUCAGAUAUCGCUGAUUGGCUAACGUUCCUCCGUAUCGAUACGAACAUGGCGGAGGCCGGAGCGGGAAACGAGCCCGGCCACCUGGAGAAAAAGCACCAGAGAUCGAUAUUAGUGUUCGACUGUCGUCCGGACAGCAGCGCUGAGGCGGCGCGCUCUAUAGACGCCGUGGACAUGGACUACGGCGAGUUCAUGGAGGCUGUGAGGCGGGAGUUUUCAUUGUCGAAAAACGAAACUUUCGUCAUCAGCACGACUGACAGGAGGCAGAUCGAUGAAGAGCUUUACAAUGAGCUGCUGGAUGGGAAGACCCUGCACCUGUUGCAGUCUGUGGAUCAGGAGCUGUGUAUGGCCACUCAAGAGCGCAUCAACUAUCAGCCCCACUAUCACACCCUGGUGCAGUGUGGCAUGUAUGAGUACUACGCUAGCGAGGGACAGAAGCCACUGCCCUACGCGUUUGCCGAACUCAUCGAUAACGCGCUGUCAGCUACAGCAAACAACACCGGGAAAAGGAUCAUUGAAAUCAGACUGUUGUUUGAUGAGGCUCAGGGAGGACCUGCCAUCGUGGUGAUGGAUAAUGGAUGUGGAAUGACAUCUCAACAGCUGAACAACUGGGCUGUUUAUCGUCUGUCCAAAUUCAUUCGAAACGACCGCGUAUCGGAAGGCGAUCACACCAGUUAUGUUCGGCCCAAAGCUGUUCCACGCAGCCUGAACAGUGACAUCUCAUAUUUUGGAGUGGGUGGCAAACAGGCGGUCUUUUACAUUGGCCAUAGCGUCAGGAUAAUAAGCAAACCCACGGGUUCUCCCGACGUUCAUGAAUUUAUCAUGUCCAAAGAAGACUUUGAGCGCAAGGAGAAGAACAGAGAACACAUUUAUUCAGGCUUUAUCAGGAACAGAAAGCCUGGUGACAGCACGCAUCUCAAUGUGAGCGAGGAGCAGUUUCUGCACUCCCUUGUUCUUGAAGAGGAAGGCAAAGAGACUUUUACUGCCGUCGUCAUAACUGGAGUCCAGGCAGAACACGUCACCUACCUCAAACAGUACUUCCACCUGUGGACCCGAGAGUUGGCACACACCUACCAUUAUUAUAUUCACGGGAUUGAUGGGAACAACAAGACACAACCUCAGAGGACAGGCCCUGUCUCCGACAUCGACAUUCAGAUAAGUCUCUUCGAGCGUUCCACUCGGAUGCCACGUGUUCUUAAUCUGAGAGAGGUGGAUAAUGACAUGCAGACUCUCUAUGUGAACUCCAGCGCGUCAACGUUUGAGUUUAAAGCCACCGGCGCUAAAGACUCUUUAGUGGAGGGAAUAAUCCGAUACCAUCCGUUUCUCUUUGAUAGAGAGACAUAUCCAUUGGAUCCAUACACGGCAUCAGCUGCAGGAGAGGAUGAAGAUGAAGAUUGUGUGGUGUUGAAUCCUGAAGGUCGAGGGAAGAGAUCGAUCUUUGAGUGCUUCUGGAAUGGACGCCUGAUUCCCUACACUACUGUCUCAGAGUUCGAGUGGUGUAUGAGGCCGAAGAAAGGAGUUGCCGUUCCUUUAGAGUGUUAUAACAGGAUUUCAGGAGUUCUCUUCGCCAACGAUCGAUUUAAGGUCAGCACAAACAAACUGACCUUCAUGGACCUCGAGUUUCAACUGCGUGACAAAGAGACCAUUUUCACCAGAGUGCACAACGGUCAGGAGCAGCGAGUGAAGAUUCAGAGAGAGUUUAUCAACUGGCUGAAGGAAUGUCAUGAGCGCUUUGAUAAGCAGGUCAUGUUUCAGGGAUUUCUAGGUGUGAUGACACGUACAGAUGUGACCACCAAGCGUCUACAGUCUCCCUGGGCAAAAUUUAAAUCCAUGAAGUGGGACGGCAAGACUUACACGAAAGGACAAUAUGUAAAAUCUGUCAGAACGCUGCCCGUCGUGUUUGGAUCCAUAGUUCAGUUCCUGUUGUAUGGAGAUUAUGAAGGAGAUGUUUACGCUACAGGUGGACACGUCCAGAUUGCGCUGGAACCAAAGGAGUUGUAUGGCGAAGAGAAGAUCAUUCCCAUCUCCAAGAUUGACCGACAGGCCACGUCCACAUCUAUUGAAAAGAACAUUGAUGAUGAAUUUGCCAAACUUCCUGAUGGCUUGAGGCUAACGUGGCCCGAGGGAAACCCGUGGGUUGAUAAAGACGUCAGAUCAGCCGGUGCACCCAUGGGUCCCAUUCAAGUGGAGAUUUUGAACAAAAAAGGGGAGUCGAUGUCUCGGCUGCCUCUGGCUGGCACUGCCAAGAAACUGUCCAUUAACCUGAAAGUCAUCUGGCACUCUCCUAAAGGUGAUGUGCAGACGAACUCUCACAUCGGUGUACAUUCGGCUAAGUGGGAUUACUGGUUCAAGACUAUGGAGAACUUUAGUAAGCUGGGCAAGUACACACUUCACCUGCAGACAAUGAUCAGCGACAGCUCGGCCAAUGAAUGGGCUGGAAAAAGAUUACCUCACUACACUCUCAAUUUCACUAUUAAAGAGGGUGAAGCUGUAGCAUUUGUGUUGGGCGUUAUUUCUUCUCCGGUCCAGAUCGGUGUUCCCUUCACUGUUCCCCUGGAUUUUAGGGAUGAGUUUGAUUAUCCCACCCAACCACCCACUGACAUUAAACCCCAGCUGGAGUGCAGUUCACUGGAGUUGAGUUUUGAUGGAGUGGCGUUUGGGUGCAUGUGUGCCAUCAAGGACGUGAAAGCCAAGGGAAAACUCAGUCAGCACAGCAAGAUGCACACAGUGAAGGUUAUCAUUCCAGGGCUGAAGCAGAACGUUCAGUCCUUUCAAAUCGCUGUGCAGCCCGGCCCUCCACACAAUCUUGUUGUGUUUCCUGAAGGUGAUGAUGUGAUUUCUGUAGAGAACGGCAAUCCUGCGAACAUCCGAGUGGAAGUUCACGAUGAGUAUCACAACAUCACCACUCAUCCCAAACUCACGGUCCGCUAUCAGCUGGUGGGAGCACCGGAUCUUCCUGUAGAUGUGGUGGACUGCAGUCACACAGGAUAUGGAGUUCUGCUGGCCAAACCUCUUCAGCUGAAGAACAUACACGCUCAAAAAACCUACACCGCUAAAUUCAACAUUCCCAACCAUAAAACAGUGGCGUGUGUGGAGCGUAAACUGCGCGUGUUGCCCAGCUCACGUGUGGCCCGUCUGGAGGUCUACAGGCAGGAGGAGGGCUCUGAUGUCAUGGUGCUGCAGAAUUCAGAGGCCAUCGAUUGGACGGCUGGUGACACGCUCGGAGGUCUCAACUUUAGACUGUACGACGAGGGCGAUAGGCUGGUUUCCCUGCCGCCGAAACUUACCAACAAGAUUAAGGUGAACUGGACGGCAGAGGUGAACGCUGAUGAGCUUUCCAAAGGAAAACUUCCAUCUCUGUGUGUCCCCACUCUAGCGCAACUAGAGCAUUUCUACAGUGUGUCUUUCCACGACCAGAACAUAGUCAGCACCUCCUUCAUCAUAGUGACUCGCCCAGAUGAACCAGAAAGUCUUCGGGUCACUCUCAGCGAGUCAGCUGUCCAAAUGGGUGAAACUCUGCCAGGAAAUAUUUAUGUGGAGGAGAUCGAUCAGUUUGGGAAUAAAACGGACAGUCUGAGCGCUGAAAGUGUGAAGGGUUUGACUGUGUCUGCAGAUGAUCUGGAUGAAGCAGCUCUGCUCAUAGACUGGAAGGCCAGUACUGCACAGUUAUCGGUAUGUGGUAUUCGGUUUGCGUCAGGACCUCCCGGACCAAGAGAGUUAUGUUUUAAAUAUCAGAACAUGGAAAAAUUUGUGCGGAUCAAAGUAACUGCCGGACCUCCAGCAAGACUCGUUCUGCUUGAAGUACCUGAGAUGCCUGUGCAGGUGUUGAAUGGCCAUGGUUUGGAGAGGCCCAUCACACUUCAGCUGUGUGAUGCAUGGGGAAAUCCUUCACCGGAUCAGAGGAUCAACAUCAUGAUGAAGACUCUCUCCCCGCAGCUGAAGAUCAAAUCAUCCGUGUCGUCUCAGCCUGUAGAUGUUCAAGGAAAAGCCAGUUUCAUUUUAGAAAAAAUAAACGGUCCAAAAGGAGAACAUCAGCUGGAAUUUCGAGGAUCUUUUAGCAGAAACAAUAUUUCAGGACCUGUAAUGACACUGAAUGUCAUUCCUGAUCCCAACCUACCCUUCACAUUGAAUAUUAACUAUGACAGAAAUGCCACGCUAUGUGCUGGAGACAUCUUUCCAGUGUUCACAGUGGGCGUGUUGUCUGAAGAGGGCGGUCCGGUGAGGAAUAUAUGCCCAGCCAGUUUGUCGAUGCUCCUGUGGGAGGGCUCAGCGGUGGGCUCUCGGCCGUCCUCUGAAGCCUCCACUUUAAAGUGUAGUAAACGUCAGGACUCAGAAACAGACGGCUACUUCUGCUUCAGGGAUAAACAGAUUCCAGAGCUAGCAGGGAAAUAUGUCAUCCAGUUUGUUUUGGCUUUGGACAAAACCAAAUAUCGGUGGAGCCAACAGAUUGCAAUAAAUGUAGUUCCCAAUAAACCAGCAAAAUUAGCCCCAGAGGUCCCGCCCUCAACGCCUGUAGUGUCCAAUGGGAAUACUCGGGUCAAUCGCACGCUGCUGGACAGCUUGUGUCUAAAGAUCAUGGAUAAAUACAAUAACACUGUAGAUGAGGGGUUGGAAGGACAGGUGUUUGUCACAGUUACGUGUACAGGAGACAUGGAAGUUCCUCGUUUCGAGAAUGGAGAUGAAAGUGUCACAUACAGCCUCAAUAAUGGAGAGGCUCACAUCACUGAUUUGGCCAUCUUGGAGAACAGUCCAGGUGUGGAUGGAGCUGAAUACGUUCUCCACUUCCAGCCGGAGCUAAAGAUGUCCAGUGCAACCAUCACUGCAUAUAGUCUCACAUUCAGAUUCUGCAACGAUGCAGAACGUCAGAAAAUCAUGUCGACUCUGAGUAAGAAGAAAGAUCUCCUUUCUCAAACCAUUCUGAUGUACAGAGACAUCUUCGACACCAAUGAGCAGCUCAUAUCAGAACUGAAAUGUCAAGUGGGAGAUGCUAAAAACAAACUAUGUGAGCUGAAACCAGAGAUGAUCAAAAACGGAUUAAACAUGUCAGAAUUAACCACUGUCGCAGCAGUAGAGAAUGCAAUUGAUGUGAAAAAAGCUAUAUUGACCAAGAUGGAGAAUCAACAUCGCCGGAUAUGCACCAUUCCCGAUCCUUUUAAAGGCAGCCCGGAUGUUCUCGGAAAGGUAGGUCACCUUGCACAGGUUGAGGACGAUGAUGCAGCGAAGGUCAUCUCCUGGCAUAUUCUGGGUGACAUGGACUGCGUGGUCACCGAAACUACAGCCGCCGCCAAGAGGAUCUAUGAUGAUACACACGGACGACAGCAGGUGAUUCCCCUCGAGACGGUCUUCUGGAGACCCAACAACAGACCCCUGCCACACAUCAAGAACGGCUCGUCUCUCUUCAGUCCUCUUGGGAAUCCUGUGUUUGUCAAAGAUCUGCUCAUUUUUCCUCAGCACGUCGAGAGCUGCAAUAAAGUGUUCACCAGCCUUCUCGGAGACACCAUCCUGGUGGAUGAUUUGGAUUCUGCUAAUCAUUACCGUAGAGGGGUGGUCCAGAACAAGAUUCAGUGUCCAACGAUCCUGACGCGUCAGGGGGAGAGGAUACGCAGCAACGGCAAGUUUGGAGGUCUGCAGAACAAAGCUCCGUCCAUCGAGAAGCUCAGAGGACAAGUGUUUGGAGCUCCGUUACCCAAAGACCACAACAGCGCCCGCACUCAGAUAGAGCUGUUGCAGCAGUAUUUGGGUGGGAUGCAGAAGGCUGCUAAUGUCCAGUCUGAUUAUAACAGUCAUCUGCAGUACCUGCAGAGUCCCGAGAUGAAGCAGAAACAGCGAGAGCUCCAGCAGCAGGAGGACGAGUGGAAAGACAUCGAGAAAACCCUCGCCAGCACACUUGAACGCAGGUCUGGUCAUGUGACAGUGAAACGGGGUCUGGAGCCGGAUACAACAGAGCCCUCCAACCCUCCAAAAAGAUCCCGUCGCAAAACACAACAGCGCGAUUCCUGAUGUGACGUGUAAACAACAUGUGUUGUAGAGCUGCUGCAAAACUUGAGAAGGAAUAGCUGCUUUUUGGAGCAUCAUGAACAGACUUUUCCUAAUUUUUUGGCUGAUCCGUUUUUUAUGUAUUUCACUCUUAAGUUCACAGAAAAUGUGUUUUAUUUUAAAUAAGAGGACUGUGUCCAAAGUAUAUUUUGUAUGUAUUUUUUCAAGAGAAGGAAAUGUUUUAUACUGUAAAAUAAGUUCUUACUUUACAUUAUUUGGCUCGUCUUCCUGUAAUCAAGUGUUCAGUGUGAGCAAACCUUUUCAUAAAAGUGAAAUAUAUUUAAACAUGGCCUGGGGCCACAACAAUCCAACCAGUAAUUGUUUUAUGGCAGUGGGCUGUGUGAUGUCAUAGAGGGGGGAUGGCAGCCAUCUAUUACCACCCAUUAAAGAAAAUGACUGUC